AUGUUGAAGUCACCAAAUGAUGCCGGGGCCCAGGUAGAACAGAUGAAAUGUGACCAAGUUCUGAGUGUCAUAGAAUUGUCCACAGGUGCUGCCUGGCAUCCCAAUGACAGGAGGCCUGCACAGCCCGAGGAGCAGCAGCUUAGGCCAGCCGCACGGGCUGCUGGGACUUGUGGUUCGCAUGGCUCUUCUCCCACCGCUGACGGCGAGGAGGCGGACUACAGCUCCCGUCAGGCCAAGCGGCGCCAGCGGGGUCCUGCACACGCGCCGCUGGGCGACAGGUUUAGUUGCUGUAGUUGCGAGUUGGCCGUGCAGAGUCUGUUGCACCGCGGACUCAGGUCAGUGGCAGCUGAUGGGUGUCGGGUGGCGGCGGGAGCCGGGGGAGGCCUCGGAGUGACCGGCCUUAAAGACCUGGGGCUCUGCGUGUGUCGGGGAGGUGCGCCAGCCUCGCCUCUGGCCAUUCUGCGCCGCCUCCCUGCUGGUCUGGGUCCCGCUUCCCCUCGCCCCGCUUUGGGGCCCGCGGAGCUGCGGGGAGGUGCGGGGCCCGCGGGGGCGCAGCGUGAGCCGCUGGGGCGGGCGCAGGGUGUCCCGGCCAGGCUCCGGGCGACCGGGGGCGCGGACCCGCGGCGGGGAGUGGCGCUGAGCGCUGUGGCCUCUAGCCUUGGCCGCGGGCGGACCGACGCGUCUGCGCAGGCGCGUUGCUGCCGUUCCCGAAUGCGCGCGGCGCCUGCGCGGACAUUCAGGGAAAGAGGAAGAGAUGGCAGUUUCUUGGAAAAGAUACAAGAACAUUCCACCAAAGGGCAGCAUAUCUUGCAUGGGAGUAAACAAAGUAAUACAACAGUAAAAAUCUCUGAGGGCAAAGAUAGUCAUAAUGCUAGACUAUCUCAAGAAUGUGAAGUAUACAACAAAUUAUUCACUUAUCCUAUUCAUCUUCAAAAACAUGAAAGAAUUCAUAGUGGAGAGAAACCUUAUGAAUGUAAACUAUGUAGUAAAACAUUCAGUUGUUCCAGUCAUCUUUGGACACAUGAAAGAACUCACAGUGGAGAGAAACCCAAUGAAUGUAAACAAUGUACUAAAAAAUUCAGUCAAGCUGGUCAUCUUCGGGCACAUGAAAGAACUCACAGUUGGGAGAAACCCUAUGAAUGUAAACUAUGUAUUAAAACAUUCAGUUGUUCCAGUAGUCUUCUGGCACAUGAAAGAAUUCACAGUGGAGAGAAGCCCUAUGAAUGUAAACUAUGUAGUAAAACAUUCAGGCAAUCCAAGGAUCUUCACCAACAUGAAAGAAUUCACAGUGGAGAGAAACCCUAUGAAUGUAAACAGUGUAGUAAAGCAUUCAGUUCUUCCGGUAAUCUUCGAACACAUGAAAGAAUUCAUAGUGGAGAGAAACCCUAUGAAUGUAAACAGUGUAGUAAAGCAUUCAGUUCUUCCGGUAAUCUUCGAACACAUGAAAGAAUUCAUAGUGGAGAGAAACCCUAUGAAUGUAAACAGUGUAGUAAAACAUUCCGGCAAUCUGGUGGUCUACAGCAACAUGAAAGAAUUCACAUUGGACAGAAACCCUAUGAAUGUAAACAGUGUAGUAAAACAUUCAGUUGUUCCAGUAGUCUUCGGUCACAUGAAAGAAUUCACAGUGGAGAGAAACGCUAUGAAUGUAAACAAUGUAGUAAAACAUUCACUUAUUCCAGUAGUCUUCAGAGACAUGUAAGAAUUCACAGCGAUGAAAAACUUUAUGAAUGUAAACAGUGUAGUAAAACAUUCAGUUGUUCCAGUAAUCUUCAGAGACAUGAAAGAAUUCACAGUCGAGAGAAGCCCUAUGAAUGUAAACUAUGUAGUAAAACAUUCAGGCAAUCCAAGGAUCUUCAGCAACAUGAAAGAAUUCACAGUGGAGAGAAACCCUAUGAAUGUAAACUGUGUAGUAAAACAUUAAGCUGUUCCAGUAGUCUUCGCGCACAUGAAAGAACUCACAGUGGAGUGAAACUCUAUGAAUGUAAACAGUGUAGUAAAACAUUCAGUUGUUCCAGUCAUCUUCGGUCACAUGAAAGACUUCAUAGUGGAGAGAAACCCUAUGAAUGUGAACUGUGUAGUAAAACAUUCAGGCAAUCCAAGGACCUUCAGCAACAUGAAAGAAUUCACAGUGGAGAGAAACCCUAUGAAUGCAAACAGUGUAGUAAAAGAUUCAGGAAUUCCAGUAGUUUUCGGGUACAUGAAAGAAUUCACAGUGGAGAGAAACCCUAUGAGUGUAAACAGUGUAGUAAAACAUUCCGGCAAUCUGGAACUCUUCAGCAACAUGAAAGAAUUCACAGUGGAGAGAAACCCUUUGAAUGUAAACAGUGUAGUAAAACAUUCAGUAGUUCCAGUAAUCUUCGGUCACAUGAAAGAAUUCACAGUGGAGAGAAACCCUAUGAAUGUAAACAGUGUAGUAAAGCAUUCAGUUGUUCCAGUCAUCUUCGGUCACAUGAAAUAAUUCACAGUGGUGAGAAACCCUAUGAAUGUACACAAUGUAGUAAAACAUUCAAUUAUUCCAGUAGUCUUCAGAGACAUGUAAGAAUUCACAGUGGUGAGAAACCCUAUGAAUGUAAACAGUGUUGUAAAACAUUCAGUUGUUCCAGUCAUCUUCGGUCACAUGAAAGAGUUCACAGUGGAAGUGCAGAAGAUAGAUAGCAUAAUGGUUAUGGACACAGACUCUCAUACCUGAGGCUGCAAAUUCCCAGGUUCAAUCCCCCGCACCACCAUAGGCCAUAGCUGAGCAGUGCUCUGGUUAAAAAAAAAACACA